AUGUUUAUAGCAUCUCAUGAAAAAUAUGGUAAUUAUGAUGAGAAUGAUUUUUUGGAAAAAUGGGAACAAUUAAAAACAAAUUAUUCAUUAACUAUCAAAGGUGAAUUCAUGAACAGUUUAAUGAAAGGUUACAUAAAUGCUAUAACAUUUUUAAUGAAUUUCUUAAAAGCAUUUGAAUCAGCAUUGGAACAGAAAAAGAAGGAUGCAGAUUUGGCAAAAUUUU